AUGGAAGUGGCCUCUAAGCAGACCUCAAGGCUGCUUCGAUCCUCUGCGAGCGGCCUACUCCUCCAACCUCAUCCACCUCUUCGUCUUCACUCCGGCAUUCCAACGACACACGCCUUGAAUCGCAUUCGACGCAGAAAUGUGUCCACUACGCAAAGGAGGCCUGCUCCCGAAUCCUCGAUUCUCAACCUGGGAUCUGGAUCCCCGUCGUCCGGGGUGCCGCCUACAUACUUUGGCAACCGUACCUCGCUGCCGAUGAAUACGAUUAUCCGGUUCGUUCCUCAACAAACCGCAUGGAUUGUUGAGCGCAUGGGAAAAUUCCAUCGGAUACUGGAGCCUGGUCUAGCAAUUAUGGUUCCUUUUAUUGAUCGGAUUGCCUAUGUUAAGAGCUUGAAGGAGUCGGCAAUUGAGAUACCUAGCCAGAAUGCUAUUACUGCUGAUAACGUCACGCUGGAACUUGAUGGAGUGCUUUAUACGAGGGUUUUUGAUGCUUAUAAAGCAAGUUACGGUGUGGAGGAUGCUGAGUACGCCAUCUCCCAACUUGCACAAACGACGAUGCGAUCGGAAAUCGGUCAACUCACACUGGAUCAUGUUCUGAAGGAGCGUGCGACACUCAACACCAACAUCACACAGGCUAUCAACGAAGCUGCGCAGGCAUGGGGUGUGGUUUGUCUGCGGUACGAAAUCAGAGAUAUCCAUGCCCCAGAAGGAGUUGUGGAGGCCAUGCACCGUCAGGUUACAGCGGAACGCUCCAAGCGCGCGGAGAUUCUCGACUCCGAGGGUCAGAGACAGAGCGCGAUCAAUAUUGCCGAAGGUCGCAAGCAGUCCGUUAUUUUGGCUUCGGAAGCCAUGAAGCUUGACCAGAUUAAUCGCGCUGCUGGUGAAGCACAAGCGAUUUUGUUAAAGGCGGAGGCGACAGCCCGAGCGAUUGAGGCGGUAUCUAAUGCCAUUGAGGCUGGCCAGGAGAAUGCACAUGGAGCUAUCAGCCUCAGUGUCGCAGAGAAAUACGUCGAGGCAUUUGGCAACCUUGCCAAGGAUGGCACGGCAGUUGUUGUCCCCGGAAAUGUUGGUGAUCUGGGUGGAAUGAUCGCACAGGCUUUAGCUGUUUAUGGCAAAGUAAACGAAACCCAAGCACGAAGCAUUGCGGCCAAGACCCUCGGAGUGCCAGAGGUUUCGCCUACAAAUACUGCGACAAAAGACACCGGAUCCCAGGCGGAAGACGGGGCCGCAAGGGAUGCAGUCGCCGAGCAAGUCCUCGAAGGAUUUGACCAGGCCACCCAACAGAAACAUUAA